AUGAAUUGCAUCUGCAAUUGCAUAUUAGGUCUGGUAAACAGCGCAUUGCUUUCAUUGGGCAUAUGUUUAUUAGCUUCCGGCGCCUACCUCAGCGUCAAAGAUGCCGACGACUGCGGUAAAGCUUUAACCGAUCCGCUUCUGAUAAUCGGCAGCCUUUUGGUUUUAGUUUCAAUUGUAGGUUUAAUGGCAACCGCAUGCAGCAGCAGCAGCAGCAUGUGCGUUUACUUGAUCCUCUUGUCCAUCUUGAUAGUCGGAAUCUUCGGCUUCACCAUCUUCGUUUUCUCCGUCACCAACAAAGCCGUCGGCCAAGUGUACGAUAAAGGCGAGAAGGUGGUCCAGACAAAGACGCCAUCGGGUUUGUCAAACUGGUUGGACAACAAAGUAAACAAUGAGGAAAACUGGAAGAAGAUAAAGAGCUGCCUCAUUGAUUCCGGCGUUUGCACCGCUGAGGAACACACUGUCGAUGUUCAUUUUAGUUUUAUGAUGUUUGUCAACAAGAGCUUCCCUACGGUGGCCAACCAGAGCCUCACUAAGUUAAAGGCCGGGUGUUGCAAGCCACCAGAUGCAUGCGCGUUCUCGAAGAAGAAAGAUACAUACUGGGAAAUACCCAAAAAGGGAGCAUCGGCGAAUUCGAACAACGAAGACUGCCCGAAGUGGAGCAAUGGUGUAAAGAAGCUAUGCUUCGACUGCCAUACUUGCAAAGGAGGAGUUAUCAACAACCUUGCCAAGGAAUGGAGGCUAUUGGCACAGCUCAAUAUGAUACUUUUAUUAGUCUUAGUUUUCAUUUAUAUUCUUGGCUGUUGUGCUUUUUGCUUCUAA